AUGUCUAAGGAGGAGGACAUUCUUGGGCUCAUCGAGCUGCAAUACGACCGGCAGCACCGCAUGGAGCGGCUGCUGGACAAUGCACGCAAGUCCGGUCAACUGAAGUCAGUUGGCGGGUUGACGUCUCGUUUGCAGGUUCUCGACACGUACUGGGCUCAGUUCCAGGAUGAUCAUCGCACGAUCCGAGCGUCUCGCCUCAAGACCGUGCGAGAGUCAGACUACGUGCAACAGGAUGCCUGUGGCACGGUACAGGAAGUCUACAUUGCGCAGCGCGCAGAAAUCCAAACCCUGCUCGAUGGGUUGAAGGUUCAGGAGGCUGAGUCGGCUGCUCACGCAGUUCCCGCGCAGGCGGUAGUGCCCGAGGCUUCGUUGCCUCGCAUUCCCAUUCCGAAGUUCGAAGGGAAGUUUGACGAAUGGCGCAAUUUUAAGGAUCUCUUCGAGUCCUUAAUAGUCGAUAACCCGUCGUUAGCAUCAGUUCACCGGAUGCAUUAUUUAAAACAGAGCGUAUCGGGAGAGCCUGAACGUCUGCUCCGGCACUACGGCGUCGCUACUGGCUCGUUUGAGCAAGCGUGGGAAGCGCUAUGUGCACGGUACGAUAACCGUCGUUUGCUUGUGGACCAGCAUCUCGACGCUUUCCGGGAUAUUGGCCCGAUGCGUCAGGAGAGCGUCUCCGAGGUUCGGAGGCUGCUGGAUCGAGCCAGCGAGCUGCGAGCCGCCUUGCGCCUUCUUGACCAGCCAGUGGAUGCUUGGGACGUGAUAUUGGUCAAUAUCCUCCGUUCCAAGCUAGACUCUGCAACGCGGCGGGCCUGGGAGAUGGCCACCGCGGACCGGCGCGAGCCAGUGAGCUGGGACAGACUGGCAGUCUUCCUGGACGAGCGUCGGGUGGCGCUCGAGGCGGUUGCCGCGGCUCCGUCCAUUGGGGACAGCCCCCGUGCCUCAUCGGCAUCCGAGCGGACUGGUCGACGAUCGCUGCAUCUCCAUCGGCCCAAGCCGACCCGUUGCGCUGAGUGCGGUUCUGAGCAUGGACUCAGAGAGUGUUCGGCCUUUAAAGAUCGGCCGGUCUCUUCGCGACGGGCAAGGGUGCGCGCUCUCGGGUUGUGCUUCAACUGCCUCGGUCCGUCGCACCAGGCGGCCGCUUGCCCGUCUAAGGGUCGAUGUCGGGAGUGCGGAGAGCCGCACCAUUCACUUCUGCACUCCGCCCAGCAGUCUCCGGCCCCGGCGUCGGGGGAAGCGCCGGUCACGGCGCAUGCUGCGACGCGGAUGCCUGCGCAGCGAGUGCUUUUGGCCACAGCCAGGGUUUGUCUGAUGGCGUCCGAUGGCCGAUCCGCUGUGGUUCGAGCGCUCAUUGACCAGGGCUCUGAGGGGAGCCUGGUGUCCGAGGCGCUUGCGCAGCGGCUGCGCGCGUCUCGUAGAUCGGUGGAUGUCGGGCUGUCGGGCGUCUCAGAGGGACCCCCUCAGCGGGUGCGGGCCAGCACGUCAUUGCGGCUCAGGGCAACUGCUGGCCUCCCGUUCUCCACCACGGUGGAGGCCCUCAUUCUACCGAGGCUUACGGCGUACCACCCCCCGCAGAGGGCUCGGCUGACGGGGAAGUGGUCGCAUUUGAGGAACCUCCGAUUGGCGGAUGAUCACGAUGAUGACGAGCGCAUCGAGGCGAUACUUGGAGCGGAGGUAUUCGCCGAGAUCGUGUUGACGGGGCUUCGCCGGGGCCCGAGGGGAGCUCCCGUCGCGCAGCGUACCCGCUUGGGGUGGGUGCUGUGCGGGGCUCUCCCGUCUGCCGCCGGAGCGGGCGGCUCUCAUUGUCAUGUGGUGCAGUGUGCGUCGGACAACAUGGCGGAUCUCUUGCGGCGCUUCUGGGAGGUGGAGGAGAUUCCGGUUGCUUCCCCGCUCUCUGAAGAGGAGCGGGCUUGUGAAGAGUUUUUCGCGGCGUCCUUUCGGCGUCGUGCGGACGGCCGCUAUCAGGUGCGGUUGCCUUUCAGGAGCCCUCCGACUGAGCUGUCUCUCGGCGACACUCGGCGGAUUGCCACUGCCUCGUUGCAUCGCUUGGAGCGGCGACUGCUUCGGCAGCCUUCCUUGGGCGGGGCCUAUCGCGACUUUCUUGAUGACUAUGAACGACAGGGGCAUAUGAUCCGCCUGCCGCUCAAUGUCGAGACUCCGCGGCUCUCUUACUUUAUUCCACAUCACCCGGUGAUUAAACAAGCCCCCGAGCUUAAAGUAAGAGUGGUGUUCAACGCCUCGCAGGCGUCCACCAAUGGCCGGUCGUUGAACGACUUGGUGCACGUGGGGCCGCGCUUACAGCGAGAACUGGGCGAGAUUCUACUUGCCUGGCGCAUGCAUCGAGUGGCCUUCUCUGCAGACAUCGAGCAAAUGUUUCGUCAAGUGCGGGUGGCUCCGGAGGAUCAACACCUCCAACAGAUUCUCUGGCGAGACAGCCAGACGCAGACAAUAUCGGUGUACCGGUUGACCACGGUCACCUAUGGCAUGGCGUGCGCUCCUUAUCUGGCCAUCCGCACGCUGCACCAGCUGGCGCUGGAUGAGCGGGAACGUUAUCCCCGGGCAGCAGACUUACUUCGUCGACAAACCUACGUCGACGAUAUUCUUGCGGGGGCAGAUGACCUUGGGGAGGCACGCAGUCGACAGCGUGAGCUGAGCAGCUUGCUCAUGGCGGGCGGGUUCCGACUCAGGAAGUGGGCGGCCUCACAUCCGGAACUCUUGUCCGGUAUCCCGGAGGGGGACCGCGAGCCUUUGGUGCCUCUGCCGGACCCUGGGGCCGUGGGUGCAUCUGUGCUGGGGGUCGGUUGGAUUCCGGUCGAGGAUGCAUUCUGCUUUUCGGUCAACCCCGGGGCUCAAUCAGCCAUCUCGAAGCGUGGCAUCUUGUCAGUCGUUGCGCGAUUAUACGACCCCCUGGGCUGGUUGGGGCCUAUGGUAGUACUGGCGAAGAUCCUCCUUCAGGACUUGUGGUUGGCCGGGCUCGGUUGGGACGAGGCUCUCCCUUCUCCGCUCUCGCGACGUUGGGACGCCUUUAGCACCGGGCUCGCGGAGGUUUCCGCGAUCCGAGUUCCUCGCUGGACCGGAUGGUCGCCUGAAGUGGAGAUCCAGCUUCACGGCUUCUCGGACGCCUCGGAGCGGGCGUACGCCGCCGUCAUCUACUUACGGGCUCGACGGUCUGAUGGGACCACCCGUGUCGCUCUAUUGGCGUCCAAGACCAGGGUCGCCCCACUAAAGCGGGUAACGUUGCCCCGCCUGGAGCUGUGCGGUGCGCAGCUGCUCUCGCGCCUCAUGAAGGCCAUGGUGGAGGCGCUCGGUUGUGCCGAGGCCUCCCUGGUUUGUUGGACCGACUCUUCUGUCACGCUCCAUUGGAUAACAGGGCAUCCAUCUCGAUGGACCACCUUUGUCGCCAAUCGCGUCUCGUACAUUCACGAGAGCCUUCCGCGGGCCUCGUGGCGGCAUAUCCCGUCUGGCGACAAUCCCGCGGAUUGCGCCUCCCGGGUUUGUUGGCCGGCGGGCUACGAGAACACGCCCUUUGGUGGCGUGGCCCCUCCUGGCUUGUCGAGGACCCGGCGGGCUGGCCGGGUCUAA